AUGAUUUGUUAUGAAAUCAUAUCAAUUUGUUAUAAACUAAUCCCUUUCAAUAAACAUUUAACAUUAAUAUCAUUUAAUAAAGAUAAGAAACAAUUUCAAUCAUUUAAAUCUAAUCAACUUUAUACAAUACAAGGUAUAUUAAAUUAUAGUUUAAAUUAUUGUACAAUAUCCAAUACAUUAAUUAUAAAAAUUAUAAAUGCGGAUAAUUUAAAAUUUCCAUUAGAAUUAAUUAAUUAUUAUACAUAUAUAAUAAUAACUUUAUUAAUUUGGGAUGAUAAUCAUUGGAUUAUAUUAGAUUAUCAACAAAGAAUAAGUCAUUAUAUUAAUGAAUUAAAACCAAUAUGGAAUGAAAUAUUUACAUUUAAUAUAUUACAAUCUAAAUUAUUUCAAACAAAUUUAUGUAUUGAAUUAUAUAUCAAUGAUUCUAUUGGUCAAGAUCAAUGUAUUGGAUAUAUAGAUAUACUACUUAAUAAAAUGAAUACAAAUUUAUAUUUUAAUCAAGAAUAUCUAAUUACAGAAAUGUUAAAAUUAUAUACAAUUCAUUUAUCGGAUUUAGGUGAAAUAUGUAUUGGUUUACAAUAUAACGAUGAUGAUAAUAAUAAUAAUAAUCAUAGUAAUAAUAAUGAUAGUAAUAAUAAUAAUAGUAAUAAUAAUAAUAACAGUAAUAAUAAUAGUAAUAAUAAUGGUAAUAAUAAUGAUAAUUCAUAUUGUCUUCAUAUUCGUUUAAUUGAAUUACGUAAUCUAAAACUUGAAAAUAUUAUUCAAUCAUCAUUAUGUAAUAAGGAUAAAGUUUAUGUAAUAGUUUAUGUCAUUAUUUCUAAAAAAAUAAUUAAACAUGAAAUGAUUAGUACAUUAUAUAAUCAUAAUAAUAAUGUAAAAAAUUUCUAUUUUAAUCAUACUAUUUAUGUAAAUUUAAAAAAAUCUAAUCAUUUAAAAGAUAUACAAAUUUAUAUUCAAUUAUAUUAUAUAAAACAAAUAUUAGGUGAAAUCAAUAUUGGUUUUCAAUUUCCUCAUACAACAGGAUAUAAACAUUGGUUAGAAAUGUUUAAAAAUCCAUUAAAUAUGAAUAUAAUGUGGCAUAUUUGGAAUCCAAUAUAA